CUGCUGCUCACAUGUACCUCAGACCCCCGCCCAGCAGACAGCACUCUCUUCACAAAACUUUCCCCAGCAAAUGAGAGACAAUGAUGGACUUGAGGACUUUUAUUUUCACAAUUAUUGUGGUUCCAUGGAUGCUAUCUUCAGCAGCAAGAACUGGAUAUAUGGAGGCGAGACAACCUAAGAAAGACAUUGUGACUAUUCCUGACUAUGGCACUCCUGAGGACUUGGACACUAGCCCAGCAGUAGAUCCAAAAGCUGACGAGUUGCCCACUUGUCUACUGUGUGUCUGCCUGACCGGAUCUGUUUAUUGUGAGGACGUGUCCCCAGAAUUGUCAGCUGUUCCUGCACUGCCAAAAGAAACAGCAUAUGUCUAUGCACGCUUCAACAAGAUCGCCAAAAUCACCAACAAAAACUUUGCAGACAUGGCCACAUUAAAAAGGAUUGACCUGAGUGGGAACAUCAUCAGCGAAAUUGAGGACGGGGCUUUUUCAAAACUUCCCAAUCUCGAGGAGCUCACUCUUGCAGAGAACAGACUGACCAAACUUCCAGUGCUGCCGACCAAACUGAUUUCGUUGAAUGCCAAUUUUAACCUCCUUAGGACGCGGAGUGUCAAGUCAAAUACCUUUAAAAAACUCACAAGACUGGCCUAUCUAUACCUUGGAAACAAUGAGCUGGAGGCAAUACCACAACUCCCAGAGUCUCUUCGAAUUGUGCACCUAAAUAACAACAACAUCACAACAUUAACAGAUGAGACAUUUUGCAAAGGCAACAGCACUUAUUACAUCCGAACCAACAUGGAGGAGGUGAGAUUGGAUGGGAACCCACUCGUGCUGGGUCAAUACCCCAACAGCUUCAUCUGUCUGCGGGCUCUCCCGGUUGGUAAAUACCGAUGAACUAACCAAGGCAACGUCUGAGGAAACAAAGAGUGAAGUCCUUCCUGAAGUGAAUAGUGUAUUAUGCAAUUCUACACAUAAUUACUAAUACCACAAAUGCUGUUCUUAAGUUACAUUGAUAUAUGCUCAAUAAAACCUUCAAACAGUUCA